UGCGGUGGCAGGAGUCCGCUUGGCCAGCACAGCCGCGCUGGAGCUCGGGAGAGCACAGCCGCGUUCAUGGCCCGCGUUCCCCGCCACCGGCGCCUGGUCCUGCCGCUGCUGUGCCUGCUCUUCCAAGGCGCCACCGCCCUCCUCUUUGCGAUCUUUGUCCGCUACAACCACGAAACCGACGCUGCCCUGUGGCACUGGGGCAACCACAGUAACGCGGACAACGAGUUUUACUUUCGCUACCCAAGCUUCCAGGAUGUGCAUGUCAUGGUCUUCGUGGGCUUUGGCUUCCUCAUGGUCUUUCUACAGCGGUACGGAUUCAGCAGCGUGGCCUUUACGUUCCUAGUGGCCACCUUCACCCUGCAGUGGGCCACACUGCUCCAAGGCUUCCUCCACUCUUUCCAUGGUGGCCACAUCCACAUUGGCGUCGAGAGCUUGAUCAACGCCGACUUCUGUGCGGGCGCUGUGCUCAUCUCCUUCGGGGCUGUUCUGGGCAAGACCGGGCCAGCCCAGCUGCUGCUAAUGGCCCUCCUGGAGGCAGUGCUGUUUAGCGUCAAUGAGUUCAUACUGCUCAGUCUCCUGGGGGUGAGGGACGCCGGAGGGUCUAUGACCAUUCACACCUUUGGGGCCUACUUUGGGCUGUUCCUCUCACGGGUCCUCUACAGAUCCCAGCUGGAGAAGAGCAAGCACCGCCAGAGCUCUGUCUACAACUCUGACCUCUUUGCCAUGAUUGGGACCAUCUUCCUGUGGGUUUUCUGGCCCAGCUUCAACUCUGCGCCGACGGCGCUGGGGGAUGGGCAGCACCGGACCGUGGUCAACACGUACUAUUCCCUCACCGCAAGCACCCUCAGUACUUUCGCCUUGUCGGCCCUUGUCAGUGGGGAUGGACGACUGGACAUGGUCCACAUCCAGAAUGCAGCGCUGGCCGGAGGUGUUGUGGUGGGGACAUCAAGUGAGAUGAUGUUGACACCCUUCGGGGCUCUGGCAGCUGGCUUCCUGGCUGGGACGGUCUCCACGCUGGGGUAUAAGUUCUUUACGCCUGUCCUUGAAUCCAGAUUUAAACUGCAAGACACCUGCGGUGUUCACAACCUCCACGGGAUGCCAGGGCUUCUGGGAGCCAUCCUUGGAGUCGUGGUGGCCGCGCUGGCCACCCAUGAAGCUUAUGGAGAUGGCCUGAAGAGUGUGUUUCCGCUCAUAGCCAAGGGUCAGCGCAGUGCCACGUCUCAGGCCGUGUAUCAGCUCUUCGGAAUGUUUGUCACACUGGUGUUUGCCGCUGUGGGUGGCAGCCUUGGAGGGCUCCUGCUGAGGCUUCCCUUCCUGGACGCCCCUCCAGACUCCCAGUGCUUCGAGGACCAGGUUUACUGGGAGGUACCUGAGGAGCCGGAGGCUGAGACCCAGAGGCCUCUGCGGGCUGAGGAGCAAGAUGUCCAGGCCUAAUUGCUGUCAGCAUGCCACUGUCCUCAGGGAAGACAAUGGCUCCCGCCAAGAGAGCCUUCUCUGCCUUUGUCACUGUUGUGCCAGGAAGCCUGCCACCCCCAGGCAGAUCCCCCUUAGCCUGCACCUGUGGCCAGAAAAGGCCCAGGCCAGCCCUAGGUGACUGCCACCCCAUUGAUCAGUGUUACCCUGUUCCAGAGACACCCAAGCCAGGUCCACUCUGGGUGGGAAGCUUGGUGAUAAACAAUCUGCCACCAA